AUAUCAUAAUCAAAUUCAGUUGUUAGUUGUAACUUGUACAUUGAAGAAAGAAUUAUAAAAUAAUAUUUCUAAAUAUAAUAAUCAACUGAUAUGAUACUCUUGUGUUUUCUUAUUUUUAUUGUAAUGUGGAUAAUAUGUUCACAAGAUUGCAUUAAACCAAGAAAAUUUCCACCAGGACCAAAAUGGUAUCCAUUAAUUGGUGCAUUUCCAUUAUUUAAAAAAAUAUAUAAAAAAAAAAAAUAUACACAUCUUGUAUUUGAAGAAUUAUCAAAAAUAUAUGGACCAAUAUUGGGAAUGAAAUUGGGACGUCAAAAAUUAGUUGUUAUAUCUGGCAAUGAAUUAGUUAAAAAAGUAUUAAAUACUGAUGAAUUUAAUGGUCGUCCAGAUGGUUUUUUUUUUCGUGCAAGAUCGUUUGGUAAAAAACUUGGUAUAUUAUUUGGUGAUGGUACCAAUUGGUCAAGAUUACGUUAUUUAACUGUUAAAAAUUUACGUUCAUUUGGCUAUGGACAAAAUGAAAUGUAUAAAAAUUUAAAUAUUGAAGGAAAAGAACUUGUUAAUUAUCUCAAUGAUUAUACUAAAAAGCAUAAUAAAACAUUUACGAUUGAUGAAUUUUUUGGGCUACCAGUAUUUAAUACUAUUUGGACAAUAAUGACUCGAACAAGAUUUUCAUAUGAUGAUAAAAAACUUGAUGAUAUUAUGACAGUUAUUCAUGAAGCAUUCAGAUCAAAUGAUGCACUUGGAGGUAUUUUGUCACAUUUACCAUUUUUAAGAUUUAUCAUACCUGAAUUGUCAGGGUAUAAUAAUCUCAUGUCAACUCUUGAUAAAUUAUGGAGAUUUAUUGAUGAUGAAAUUGAGCAUCAAUUAUGUUUAUUAAAAAUAAAUAAAAAACCAGAUAAUUUAAUUCAAGCAUUUAUCAAUGAAUCAGGAGAAUCAUGUGAUAGACAAGAAUUAAUUAUUUUAUGCUUGGAUUUAUUUAUGGCUGGUACAAAAACAACAGCUGAUACAAUAACAAUAAUUAUUGCUGUUUUAUUGCAUUAUCCAAAAUGGCAAAAAAUUAUACAAGAUGAUUUAGAUGAUAUUAUUGGACGUGAAAAUUUACCAACAAUUGAGCAUGCUAAUCUUUUACCAAGAGUCGAUGCUUUUAUAUCAGAGGCAAUUAGAUUUGUGGAUAUGGCUCCACUUGGUCUACCCAGAAAAACAAUGGAAGACGUUUCACUUGAAGGAUACAACAUUCCAAAGGACACAAUGGUUAUUGUUAAUUUUAAAAGUGCACAUUUUGAUGAAUCUUGUUGGGACAAACCAAAUGAAUUUAUGCCAGAAAGAUUUUUAGAUGAGAAUGGAAAUUUUCGUAGACGAACUGAUUUUUUACCAUUUAGUUCAGGAAAGAGAAGAUGUUUGGGUGAGACAUUAGCAAGAUCAUCAAUUUUUAUAUUUUUUACAUGUAUACUUCAUAGUUUUAAAAUUGAUGUUCCAAAUAAUCAAGAAUUACCAAGACUUGAUGGUACUGAUGGCUUUGUCGUUUCACCAAGGCCAUAUACAAUUAAUUUAAUACCAAGAAAUUAAUAUUAAAUUAACAAUACAAUUGUAAAAAAAAAUACUAUAAAUUUAUAAUUAAAAAUUGUUUAUUAAAAAAUAAUAUAAUAAAUAUAUUCCAUAGUCAUUAUUAACAGUGGAAUUUUUAUCACAUGUUUACUAAGAACGAGAGACUAAAAGAACAUCAUAGGGUUUUGGUGAAAUUGUUAAACCAGGAAUUGGUUCAAGAUCUGGUAAAUUUUUAUCAGAAACAGGUAGUAAUUUAUAUUUUUUCAUGAUUCCAGUGAAGAUAAUAAAUACUGAUGAUUUUGCAAGAAUUUCACCAGGACAACGUCGAUGUCCUAAAUAAAUAAAAAAAUUAAAAAAUGUUUAAUUUAAAUUA